AUGUCGGUCCUAAUUUCGUUCGCCGAGAACGACUCUGAGAACCCAUUUAAGUGGUCGCGAACGAAAAAGCUGUUCAUCGUUACUAUCGGGAUUGUUGCUAUCCUUAAUAGUACUCUAGAUUCUUCUCUACCUAGCGGUGCCAUCAAGUUGAUCGCAAAGGACUUUGAAGUUACUCAAGAUAUUCAGCUUGUACUUCCCAUCUCUGUCUAUCUAGUUGGCUAUAUUCUGGGUCCUUUAUUCUUCUCUCCUCUGAGCGAGAGGUAUGGACGAAGGCUUGUGUUGGUCCCAACAUUCGUCUUAUUCACAGCAUUCACAGGUGCUUGUGCUGGUGCGAGGAACUGGGCGUCGUUUCUUGUCUUUCGCUUGAUCUGCGGCAUCAAUGCUUCGAGUUCUAUCGCCAUCACGAGUGGUAUCUAUGCUGAUAUAUUUGAGGAUCCUGUAGUGCGCGGCAGGGCAAUUGCUUUCUACAUCUCAGCAACAGCUUUUGGUCCUCAAUUUGCACCUGUAAUUUCCGGCGCGCUCUCAUCUGUGGGUUGGCGGUGGACCUUUUGGGUUGCACUGGUUAUCGCGGCCGUCUCUUUAGUGCCUAUUGUAUUCUUGCCUGAGACCUACAAGCCUGUGAUUUUGAGGCGUAAGGCUCGAAGACUGAGAUCCUUGAAUCCUGAUUGUCAUGUCUAUGCACCGAUCGAAAUGGGAAAGCAAGAUCUCCAGGAGAUGGUAACAAUAACUUUAGCGCGACCAAUACGCAUGUUCUGCACAGAAAUCAUCGUGUUUCUGAGCAGUGUUUACUUAGCAUUCAUCAGUGGCGUCUACUUCCUACUCUUUGAAGCCUAUCCCAUCAUAUAUCAGGACAUCUACGGAAUGGGUCUUGUUUCUACUGGCCUUGCGUUCGUUCCAAUCGCUGUAGGAUGCAUAGUUGCUUUCCUCAUCUCUCUCGCUUGGGAUCGCUUUUUUCGCAACGCGCAUGCCCAGGGCCGUUCCUUCACCACCGUUCGCGAAUACAAAAGACUGCCUUUGGCCUGCAUUGGCGCCCCGUUGUGUGUCGUCUCUGUCUUCUGGAUGGGGUGGUCGUCAAGUCCUCGCGUGCACUGGAUAGUCCCUAUGCUUGCGGGUGCGCUUUUUGGCGCAGGCUUCGUCCUUAUCUUCAUGGCUCUUCUCAAUUACAUGACGGAUGCGUUUCCCGAGUUUGCCGCAAGCGCAUCUGCUGCUGCAAGUUGCACCAGGAGCGUGUUCGGUGCAUUGUUACCGUUGGCUGCGCCGAGGAUGUACGCAAAUUUGGGCAUAGAUUUGGGCAUGACAGUGCUGGGUUUUGUAAGUCUGAUACUCAGCCUCGUGCCAUUCGGGUUGUUGUGGCUUGGAAAGCAGGGUCGCUUAUAG